GUGAGCAGCCUCCUGGAGGUGGGAGUGAGACUGCCGGUGAGCUGUUGUUCCUGCCGAGCGCCUCUGAGCGUCACGCUUAGCUCAGGCACGAGUCUUCAGCGGAAUCUACGGACUCUGAACUCUCCGCUCGCAGCAGCGCGUUUGAUGCUCAACUGAAUUAUUCGGACAGAUCAAGCGAGAAAAGAAGCAAGGAGAAGUCGAUUUCAUGGAAGUUCAGCUCUAGCAAUAUUUUCCCUCACCAUUUCUCCCCUUUAAUUCAGUUGAUUAAAGACGAAUCAGAUGAAGAAAUACUGCAGCAGAGAAACUGAAGUGCUGCGCAAGCCAGACUUGAAACGACAGUUCAUUCUGUCAGUUCAUGUCACACGAGUUGUACUCGGCAAUUCCUGCGUGGCUAUAUCUUCAUUUAUGGCAAACGGUUCAAACGUGUAGUGAAGAAACUGCACUAACCCUUCUUGCGUCUGUCUGUCCCAAGUUUUGAGGAUGCAAUUGAUAAUACUAUUGUUGGUCAAACUUUUAUCUGUGAGAACCUCACGUGCAUUUGACCUGGAAGUCUGCCCUCCAAUUUGUGAGUGUUCUGAAUGGAAGACUUUUAAAAUUACCUGCACGGAUAUUGACGAGAUUCCAAAGUUCCCUCCAAGCACAGAGACUGUGAGAUUCAUGGAGACACAAAUCAGUGUGAUACCAUCCCAAGCCUUUUCAACCCUCCCCAACAUUUCCAGAAUAUAUAUUUCUCUGGAUGCCUCCUUGCAGAGACUGGACAGGCACUCAUUCUUCAGUUUGAUGAAGGUGACGCACAUAGAAAUACGAAAUACAAGGAGCUUCAAUUAUAUCGAUCCUGAUGCUUUCAAGAACCUGCCAGAGUUAAAAUAUUUAGGGAUUUUCAACACUGGCCUUGAUGUAUUUCCCGACCUUACAAAAAUUCAUUCUUUGGAUGUGAACUUUUUACUUGAAAUUGCAGACAAUCCCUACAUAGCCUCACUUCCUGCCAAUGCUUUUCAAGGCUUAUCUAACGAAUCUCUAACACUGAAGCUGUACAACAAUGGAUUUACCGAAGUUAUGGGCUACGCCUUUAAUGGAACCAAACUGGACGCAGUGUACCUUCAUAAAAACAAGCAUCUGACUGCCAUACAAGAUGAAGUGUUUUCUGGAGUUCUCAGUGGGCCUACUCUGCUUGACGUUUCACAGACCAGCAUAACCUCUUUGCCGAACAAAGGUCUGGAAACGCUAAAAGAACUGAUGGCAAAGAAUACCUGGACGCUUAAGAAGCUGCCACCUAUCAGAACCUUCCUGCAUCUCACGAGGGCAGAUCUCACCUAUCCAAGUCACUGCUGUGCUUUCAAAAACUGGAAGAAAAACAAAGGAUUACUGGAAUCGAUCAUGUGCAAUCAGACCAGCCUAACAGGAUAUCGACAGAGAAGAUCCAUGAAUGCUCUCAAGAGUCCGUUCUACCAAGACUACGGCGAAGACGACGCAGAUCACACAGACCCCGUGUACAGUGACAACACCAAGCUCAGAGACUUUCACAGCAACUCGCACUAUUAUGUUUUCUUUGAGGAGCUAUCCGAUGAAAAUAUUGGGUUUGGGGAAAAGUUAAAGAACCCUCAGGAGGACAACAUCCAGGAAUUUAACAGCUAUUACGAUUACACAGUCUGUGGUGGAAACGAGGAAAUGAUUUGUAACCCGGAGCCUGAUGAGUUCAACCCUUGUGAAGAUAUCAUGGGCUACAACUUCCUGAGAAUAGUCGUGUGGUUUGUCAACCUCCUGGCCAUACUGGGGAAUGUCUUUGUAUUACUGAUCUUGUUGACUAGCCAUUACAAACUGACCGUUCCACGGUUUCUUAUGUGCAACCUGGCUUUUGCAGACCUCUGCAUGGGGAUCUAUCUCUUGUUAAUUGCUUCAGUGGACCUCCACACCAAGUCCGAAUACUACAACCACGCCAUCGAUUGGCAGACGGGGCCGGGUUGCAAUACCGCAGGUUUCUUCACCGUGUUCUCCAGCGAGCUCUCCGUCUACACUCUGACUGUGAUCACCCUAGAGCGGUGGCACGCCAUCACCUUUGCCAUGAGAUUGGACAGAAAAAUACGCCUUCGACACGCGUCCGUUAUCAUGCUUGGUGGAUGGAUUCUCUGCUUUAUUUUAGCGCUGUUGCCUCUUCUUGGGGUUAGCAGUUACAUAAAAGUAAGCAUCUGUCUACCGAUGGACACGGAGACGACUCUGGCGCAAACCUACAUCAUCUCCGUCUUGAUGACCAAUAUUUGUGCUUUCAUUGUCAUCUGUGCUUGCUACAUAAAAAUUUACUUGACUGUCCGGAAUCCUCAGUACAAGUCUGGAAACAAGGACACAAAAAUUGCCAAACGAAUGGCCAUUCUCAUCUUUACAGAUUUCACCUGCAUGGCACCAAUUUCUUUUUACGCCAUGUCGGCAAUAAUGAACAAGCCGCUGAUCACGGUAACAAACUCCAAAAUCCUUUUGGUCCUUUUCUACCCACUGAACUCCUGUGCCAACCCUUUCCUCUAUGCCAUCUUUACCAAGGCUUUUAGGAGAGAUGUGUUUAUCUUGCUGAGCAAAUUUGGCUUUUGUGAGCAGCAAGCGCAGAUUUACAGAGGACAGACGGUUUCUGCUAAAAACAGCAGUGGCUGCUCUGCCCAGCGUGGGAGCGGAGGAAUGGGGCAGACGCUGACAAACUUCCAUAAUCCCGACCAUCGUGGAGAAUAUCACCCAGCUGCCACAGCGGAAGAACACUUGAGUGUGGGAGCCUUUAAGCAAAGUGAAAUAUAAUCCAUUGAUAAUGCACGAACGAACAAUAAAAUAUAACUUUAAUAAUCAGAAUGUUAAAGAGAAAUCGAUUUGUCGAAAUGUUUUAUAUGGUCUUUCGGAGUGAGUAACUCUACAAAGGGCAAUGCAAGCAAUUUAAGAGAGUAAAACGCGUGGCCAUCUUACUUACGGGGUAGCUAUUAGGUGAACACACUAGUUAUCCUUCCGGUUCUUCUUCUUCAGACAUGCACGGUGCAGCUCAGGGUCUCAAACAGUCAAAGACUGACAGAGUGGCACGUCAUAGGAGUUCGGACCACCUUAGUGGCAGGUCUAUCGAGUGUGUUAGCAAAGCAUUAACAAAUAAAAGAUGGCAGAAGUAGGAGUGAUAGAUGUGCUAUGAAAGAGAGCAGAAGGUCUUUGCUUCAUUUGCUUACCAUCAGUAAGGAGCGAAGCAGAAGGAUUUUGGUUUGUCUUUAGUUUUGUAAAAUUGAGGUUUCUAUUCAUUUUUUCAAUUGUGCAACUCAAAAUUUUUUAGUCUAAAACCAUAUUCAGACAGGAUUUGCUUUGCACCGUGAGAUGGGCUGAAGCAAUUAUUACUGGAGGACCUCCUAUUAAGAUAAUUAUUUAUUAAGAUGUUGAUUCACGCAGAACUCAUUUAACAUGGGGUCAGACUCUUUAUAGAAGGUAAGAGGCUCUGUGAUCUUUAUAAAAAUAUGAAACACGCCGGCCGUAUAAAGUUACCGACAUGAACCAUUUGGACAUGACUUAAACCAUAGAGGUCGGUCUUCCGGUAAUAAUUACUUUCCUCAGCUACCUGGUAUAAAACAAAUCACAUUCUGAAUAGGAAUUAACACAGAUGAUCCCCAGCACAACAGUAAAACGGCUCUCGUUAACAUCUCUGUGGAGGUGUGCAUUGCGUAUUUAAAAAAAUACGGCAUACUUUCUGCAGAAGGAUGCAACAUCUUGCAUAUUUAUUGCGUUUUCUCUGCAGGACAAUACACUACAUGGGGACCUGCCUCUCUGCCGUUACCUAGCAACAGUCCCUUUCUCUUCCUUGAUUCCUGCAGAUGAAGCCGAGCAUACGAGGGGGGACCCAAAAAUAACCGGAAAUAUUUUUAAAACAAUGUGUUUAAUUUAAUUUUCUGUACA